AUGGCCGAAAGCCGGGGGAAGAAAGAGCGGAGAAAGAGUUUCAGUGUCUUCAGUCCAUCGGUCACCACCUCGUCCUUGUCAAGUCCCGCCAUCUCCACCACCACCAAAACCACCACCCAUGAUCGCUCCCCCUCGGAUGAUGUCCAUGUCCUCAGAAAGAGGAACCGUCGCAAUUCCGGCUUCUUUGGCGGUCGCAAUGCGAGCCCUCCGAGGGCCGCCUCCGCCUCUCAUGGCCUCCGCCGUCCCGGCACCGCCGAUUCCGAGUCCACGGUCGGUGUAACGGCCAUGUCCGCCGCCUUGGAAGGCCCCCGUCCUCGCCGCAAAUCCAUGCAGAAGAAACGCGCCUCCGUCUUUGGCUCCUUGCGUUCCCUCCACUCCCUGGAUGACGACGAAAAGGCCCUGGGUCGCGCCAAAACCUCUCCAACCCUGGACGAUGACGAUGUCGAUGCGCGCCCCGGCAUCGGUUCCAUCAUUCUGCACCACGGGGAGAUCCAGACCACCGGCGGCAUGUGGCGAAAGAAGAGCCAGUAUCUCGUCCUGACCGAUACGCAUCUGGUCCGUUUCAAGAACCAAAGCAAAGCCGCCGAGGCUUUCCCCUCCAUUCCACCCUCGUUCGCUCGCGCCGCCGGGAAUCGCCAGUCAGUGGCUUCCAUUAGCUCGCUUCAUGAUCAGCAGCUGGCGGCGCCCGGGGACCCCGCGGCGGGAAUCCCCCUCAACAGCAUUGUGGCGGUGUACAUGCUCGACGACGGACGACCGUCGUCCACCGUGGAAGUCGCCUACCUGGACGAACGGGCGCAUAAGGCCGCCUUUAUCCAGAUGCAGACCCCGGAUUUCCAAGAACUGAACCUGUGGAUGGUGGGUAUCCGUUCCGCGGCCGAGCUCAUUCGAACGUCCGACCCCCUGCCCUUCGACCGGAAGUCGGUUGAGUAUGCGGUCCGGAUGCUGGAGUACGAACGAGACUAUGAUCCCGAGACCUUUCGCAUGUUCCGUGUGAUCCAGAUGGCUUCCAGCAAGUCCCCGACGCGGGCGUCGUCGGACGACCUGACCAAGCUGUCGCCCACCGGAUGCUAUCUCGCGUUGGGCUCUCACAAAAUGCAUCUGAUUCCUCUGCAGAAGAUGUCAAGUCGCGCGUCGGUGGUGUCGUUGAGCGACCUCGAUGCGGCCACUUCUUUUGGACUGAUGAAUCUGACCUGUCUGUCGAUGGAGUGGGGCGACGACAGCCUACACCUGACCUUUCGAGUACCUCUCCAGAAGCCAUUUUCGGUGUUCUUGGCUUCGGUACACUCGCUGGAGAUCGCCUUCUGGCUAAGGCAGCAGACCGAGUUCUUACGGCCUUUGUGGAUACGACAGCCCUACGAUUUCCUCGUCCCCCGCGAUCUGGACAACGACUCCAACUUUCCGCCGGUGGACCUAGAUGAAGACUACGGCUGCUUCGAUCGAACCCUGGUUGCCUAUUCUGCCAGUUACGACAUUGACACCUCGAACAUCCGUUAUACGAUUGACGUGGACUGUGACGAUGCGCCAUGCUUCCGACUCCUGCCUCCCGCUUCCCCCAACCGACAGAAAUACACGGCUCUGGAGCUAAUCGCGGUCAUGCGAGCGUUGCGCUACAACGAGUCGUUUCGGUCGAUUUCCUUUAGUGGGGUCUGCUUGGAUGCGCUCCAGGCCGUCCGGGAUGUUCACGGUUUGGACAAGGACAUGCUAUUGAGCCGUGCCGGGGCUCCAAUCCGCAUCCCCGGCCAGGAGAAUCUAUCCGUCCUGUCACAAGAGGUGCGCGCCUUGACGCUGAAGAGCAAGUGGCUUCGGCGUCUGGAUUUUUCCUACACCUUGACCAGAACGCCCAAGUCCGAUAGUGAAAGCCAUGAUCCCGGUUGUGGGAUCCCCGAGGCAAUCUUCCCGAUCUGCCGGCGGGAGCUCACCAGCGUCGACUGGGUCGUGCUGAAUGGAAUUAAGCUGGGUGACUCGGAUCUCGAUUACCUGGUAGAUGCAGCCUCGCAACGAGGGAGCCAUCUGCGGGCGCUAGAAGUCGGAAACUGCGGCCUGUCAGUCCAUGACAUCGACCUGCUCCUGUCGACGACUAUUGCACAGGCGUCGACGCUCGAGGCAAUCAAUAUCUCGGGCGUCCAGGGGCGGCUGUAUCCCGACCUCCUACAGCAAUAUCUCGGCUACUUCACCCAGAUCAAGAAACUCGACCUGUCCCGCAUCUCGCGAACGUCCGGCGCCGAAGCGCUCAUCACGGCAGAGACCCUCUUCAAUUGGCGACUCGAAGAACUGUCGCUGAGCCAAACGGCGGUCAAUCGCGAGACGGUGGACGCAAUCGCUACCUAUUUAGCGAGCGAUCGUUCCCGACGAUUGCAGGUGGUACGACUCGACCAGUGCUGUCUGACAGGGCAGGACGUGGCGAUCUUUCUCCAUUCCUUGUCUGCAGUCGAGACACCUCGCAACCUGCAUCUGCACGUCAAUGAGAACCGGCUGGAUCAGGGAUGCUCUUUUCUCUUCGACGCAAUCGCCAAGAACAAGGCUCCGACCCACCUGUCGAUGCGGAUGAUUGACUUCAAGAAAGAGGAGCAAUUCCAGGAACUCGUCGAGGCGCUGCGGAAGAACCGCUCCUUACAGUGUCUGGAUAUCUCCAAGGCGUCUCUGCCGUAUGACGCCGGGCCGGAGACGUGCAAGUCUCUGCAGUUAAUGUUUGAGGAGAAUGAGACGCUUGUGGACUUGGAUAUCAGCGGAGAGAGCGCACAUCUGGAUGUGGCCCGGUUUGGAAUCGGUCUCAAUCUAGCUUUGACUGGUCUGAAAAAGAACAAGUCUUUGCGGGUGUUGAGGAUCGAGCAUCAGAAACUAGGCCUUCAGGGCGCGAAUACCUUGGCCUCCGUCCUGGAAGAAAACGAUUGUCUGCGUGAAGUCCACUGUGAGAACAACGAUAUCAACCUACAGUCGUUUACUGUCUUGGUCAAUGGACUGCAGCGGAAUAAGUCGCUCCUGAGUCUCUCUUGCAUGAAUUCCGACCGGGUCCGGUCCUUGGAAAAGGUUCGACGAGAGAUUGAAAGCGUCAAGCGUGAACUGAGCCACACGCAGAGUACGGCUACCAGCUCUCUCCGCCGCUCAUUACAUGUUGCAAUGAAUGUGAAACAGAUGGCUGUUGGGAACAAGGUGACCAAACCCGCCCCUCCUUCCGGCCUUAUUCGGGCGAACGCCUCCGUGCCCUCGAGUCUGUCGUCCGCCGACUCGUCGCCUCUCCUGACCCAGGACAUCGAUGCAAUUAUUCGCUCUUUAACCCAAAAGUGGGACGGCGAGGUUGCCCGUCUGCGACGAUAUCUGUUCCGCAACUACAACCUGGCCAACGGCGUAGACGAUGCUGUCGAGGGUGAUGAUGCUUGCAGCGACGGACGCCCUGCCACGGCAGCAAGCCUCGGGACUAUGUUGGAUAACCUAAAGUACGAAGUCACUGUAUCCACCGACGAAGUCCAGAGCAGCUCUCCAACGGACUCUUCAACCUCGCCUGAGAGUCCCGAGCCUCCUCGCGAAGCUCCACACGAAGCUCCACGCGAAGCCCCUCGCGAGCCAACCCAGAGCAGUCAUCUGGAGAUUUUCUCCCGCCUCGACGCGGACAACAACAUUGAAUCCCAGCUUAAAGAACGGCCUCAGACCGCGCCGUUCCUGCAGCAUUCGUCAUCCGUCCUACCCUCCGAGUACGCCUCGUCGGGUGCACCGUCGUCUCGAUUUCCCGCGCCCGUGCCAGCAAUGCCUUCCGCCGUCAACAAAACCAGCAGCGUCCGCAGUGCGCGCAGCUCAAGCACCGUGUCAACCAGCACCGGAACGGCGGCGAGCUCCCGGAGUACGUACGGCGCGGCAUCGUCGACCCUGCGGGGCUUUCUGAGCGGGGGAGCCGCGAGAGAGCGCCGCAAGAUGGAGAAGAUGAGAUCGGGCGCCGUGUGCGUCUCGAACGACCGCCCGCCACAACUGAACUGGUCGCCGCCCAAGCUUGACCUCGGGGACUUCCGGUAG